CCGCGCAGGAAACCCCACGCGCCGAGGAGGUGGGCGUUCCGGGCUCCGUCGCCAUGGAGACGGCAUCUUCUCCCUGAUAGGCGGAAAUGGGGCCGUUUUGACAGGACUGAGGAGCGUAAGAAGAAGGCUUUCUCAGAUUCAUGCAGACAACGUUUGCGUGGAUUCUUCAUCCUAUUUAAGUUUAAUUGUGACAAAAUGGAAUCAGUGGAAGAAACAGUAGACCCAGCAAAGCAAAGUGACCUCAAGGAUUUGAAAUCUGAAGAAAAACUAGCAUACUUCAAUCCUCUCCUGAGAGCUGCCUUAAACAGUGAUAUAGAGGAAGUACAACACAUUUUUGAGGAUCCAGAAGAUCCUGAUCAUGAAAAGGCUACUGAGUUGAUAACGGAAAAGGAUAUUGUAGGGAGAGGCCUGCUGUAUGCAAUUUGUAUGGCUGGGAAGAAUGAUGUUGUCCGGACAGUGGCAAGAUAUGGGGUUGAUCUGAAAGAAAAGACAGUCAGAGGUUAUACACUUCUCCAUUGUGCUGCAGCCUGGGGUCAACUAGAGACUUUGAAAACUCUUAUAGAUCUGGAAGCAGAUAUUUAUGCAACUACUUUCCGUGGUGAGAAGGCCAGAGAUAUUGCUUGUCGUUAUGAGAAGAUGGAGUGUGUUGAAUUCUUGGACUGGGCAGAAGCCAAGCAGAAUUUACGAAACUUUAUCUCUCAAAUCCAGACCACAGUUACAGAUCCUGAGAAAGUUCUGGGGAGACUUAAUAAAGAAGAUAAGAGUACAUCUCUCAAGGCUUGCCAGGCCAAGAUUGAUUGGAUUGAAAAUGCUAAGGAGCCUACCAUGCAAGAUUUCUUGGAUCAGAAACAACAACUGGAGGACAUCAUGCUUCCUGUUUUCACAAAGUUGGCCGGACCCCCAAACCCACAAAGCAAGGCACGUAUUUCCUCAAGCAAGGAAUGAAAAGAUAUAAGCACUGUAAGUUACCCCACUAGGUGAAACCAACUCUAAGUACUAAGAAUACAAUGUCAAGAGUACUUACAACACGAGCUGUCAAUGGUAUGCCAUCUUUGUCUUUCUCAUCUGGGUCCAGCAUUCCUAGUUGGACUGCAAGCUCUCGCUUUGAAUCAGCAAUUAUUGGAAAAGGAAGCUUCUCUGUGGCCUCGUCACCAUUGUAGGCAUUGAUAUCCUGUAGAAUGGGAAAAUAGUGUUUUGGUACCAACAUACUAACCUGUACUUUUAAUGACAAGUCACACAGCCACAGGUUCAUCACCCCAGUGUUAACUAUUUUAUAAUAGUUCUGUACCACUUCUUCAAAAACUCCCAUGUUUGUUUUCAACAAUAAAAUCUCAAUAUAUUUCACAGAGAUAUUUCAAUGAAAUAAAGCACCAAUAAAAUAAAAACACGGUAUUAUAUUGUUGAAUUAAGAUUGCCUGGAGAGAAAAAAAAUGCUUCUUCUGAAAAAUGGCCUCUUCAAUCUAGCUAUUUAUUUAUUUAACCUAUAAUAAAUAAGUGCAAUGUCCUCAAUUAAUGCAUUAAACAGGUCAAGAUUUUCUUUUCCUGAAAAAUGCCCCCUCCAAUAUUUGUCAAAGCUGACUUUACAUUUUAUUACAAUAUAUUAGUCUUCCAUUGUACUGACGAUCUCCGGUGGUGUAUGCUAACUUGACUGCAAGACAACUAUUACCUUUAUAGACUGUAAAUGAUAUCCCUGUUAUCUCAAAAGGAGCAGGCAGUUAGAAUGUCCAAUUUGGACUGGACAGAUCAAGUUCAAAUACCUUGUGCUUGUAACUGAUUUUUCAUGAGGAAGUGGUGAAACACCACGUUUGGUUCAGAAUUGAAUGCAAAUACUGUGAUUAGCUCCUUAACCAAAACACUAAAAUUCUUCAUGGUCAAUAUAAGUGUACAAAAUUCCAAAAGCGUACAAACAAUAUAUCUUCUAGUAACUGAAUCUUUCAGCAAUAAAUCUAGGAAAGAUAAUCCAGAGUAAUAUUCUUGUUCAACCAAACACCAAGACAGACAUAAUUUCCAAAAAGCUACCAAAGGCCACUCUGGUUGCAGAAAAUACUUCAGAAUGUGUUUGAUUUUUUAAAAAAAGUAAUACUAUAAUUUUAUGAUCCUUUAAAGGAAUUAUUUGCAAAUUUUAUCCAAGUAGCUAUUAUAAGCUACCUGUUAAAAAUUUCUUCUCCUGUACAGAUGGAUUGACACAUGAGGUGCUUCUAAAAACUGAACAUUGAAUGCAACUACACAAAAUUCUUACAGUAUUCUACCCAGAAAGGGCAGAAAUAGAUAGCAAAUUCAGAAAAGAAAGACUCAAUGUUUAGAACAACUGAGUAGGAAAACAUUAAAAUCAUCAUAAAUGUCAUCUUAGAAUAUUUCUUUAAAGGACUGUUACUAUGCAUCAAACUGCCUUGCCUGCUCUGAAGAUAGCCAUUAGCCAAUAUCCACUUUCUUUUUUUCAGACAUCAAACAUGACUUUAUUUCUAUUUAUUUAUCUAAAUCCUGUCUUCAAUCAGUAGAUAGGCACUCAAAAACAUAUUUUGAGAGACGUAAUUGCUUUAGGUCUACUUUCCGGAAAAAUACUUUAAACGUAAUUUUGAAACUUGUAAAUAAGAGCAGUAAUAGCACAACUGUAUCAGGUCUAAUUAAAGACAUAGGGCAGUAAAAUCUCAAAUUCAGAUUUUCUGGCUUUGAUUUUUUACUUAGUGAGGGUAUUGUACUACUUGAUGCUGCUGGGAUUCCCCCCCCCCCCCC